AUGAUGAAAUUUCAAAACUUAUACUCGAGGUAUUACAUUAUAUAUAUCGUAACAUUAAGUAUAUUGAAUCGGAGGUGCGACUUUGAGAAAGAGGUUAAGAAAACGUACAGAAAUUCGAUGGUGAAAAUUUACACCUCCAUUACAAUUCCUUGCAUGCCCACUACGUUUGGACAACCCGAUCCCAAUCUGGCGGAAUGGAUCGGACCUCCGGGAAUCAUCGUAUCCCCCAUUACGAACGAGAGGGUAACUUACGACAAAAUAAAAAAUUUGAAGUUGCAAAACAUCACCACAAGCCUAACCGGCGCGUAUACAUGCGUAGUUAAAUUUGAGAACGUCACGUAUGUCAACUACGUUUUUCUCGUCGUCUAUAAAGUGCCUUACGUUGGUCUUGAAGUCCCGCUGGUCUUUAAAGUGUCUGGAAGAACCUGCCCGUAUGCCCUCCAUAAUAUAGAUGAUUUGAUCGUUAAACUGACUGACGAACUCUGUCGAGACAUACCUAAGAACGACCCUAAUUUUGAUUCGAAAUGUCGUUUCCAAAUAGAACCUUCUUGUCAACAUGUAGACCCGAUAGAGUUGAUGCUGUGUCCAUUUCUCAAUCAAUACCAGUGUUACGGCCUAAAAAACGUCAAGAAAACAAUCGAAUUAGCUUGUUUGACGCCACCGUAUGACUCACUUUGCAACUUGGUAAUGAACACGUUGGAGCCACUGAAACACGUAGCCAAGUCAUUUUGCCGAAAGGAGGAACAGAAGGUCAUAUGCUGGCACGACGGGGAAGAUCAAGAGCCCCGUUUGAUGGCAAAAUUGUGCAGUGUCAGGCCCCUACUAACCAACUGCAAAAGGUAUAAAAAAAUUCACGACGAACUGAAUUUGGAUAAAAAUUUGGAAGUGCCUGCAGUGACGAAAAGUAUUUUAAUUACGACGCAGACGACUCAAGAAACAAACACAAUGGUCAGCACUAAGCAAACGUUGAAUUCACAUGAACCACCUGAAAACAAAACCACAACGCCUAAUAAGAGUAGCAAUUCAGUAACUUCAGAGCUUUCAUCAAAGGCAACUUCUAAGUUAAUGGCUAACCACACUGAAGGUACAACGCAAUCGACAGCUGACAAACUGGACUACAUAAGGAAAAAACGUAAAAAGAAGAGACGAUUAGAUGUAAACUUGUGGAAAAGAAGUUUGAUGGAGGAUGAGGAACAUUUUGAAUUUGAAAACAUAAACAGUUUUUCAAGAAAUGCGUUAUUAGAUUCGUAUAAAAACAACGGCAAUGUCAAACGAGAUAAAAAAUUUAAGAAAAUUUUCAACUUUACUGAAGAAGCUCAGAAAUAUCUACAGACCACUAACGUUGAAACAAUAUCAAACAGAGUAGAAAGAGUGAAAAAAAACAUUGGCGGCUAUAAAAAUCAGUAUUUAAUUUUAAAACUAAACUAUUAUCCCGCUUUCCAGGUGUCAGUGGACACAACUUGCAUCGACGAAUGCGUCUACUUGAAAAAUUUGGACACGGCGCACAAUGAAACAGAGGAGUUGAGAAAACUCUGGGACAAUAUCGAUGGAUUGCCUGAAAAACCGGCGUUCUUACACUUUGUGAAAGGAAACGUUCGCAAGUAUUCCUACAAGUAUGUUCAUUACUGCAGUCCAGGAUAUUAUUUUCCAUCCCAACAUUCGCACAUGUGUCUGCCUUGCAUGCCAGGACAAUUUUCUCGUGGUGGAUCACAUAAAAGUUGUGAAAGGUGUCCAGUUGACACCUACCAAGCAGAGUGGGGAUCAUAUGGGUGCAUAAAGUGCCCGGGUCAAACCGAAACUGGACUAGAGAGUGGACAAACAAACCAACUGUCGUGUUUCAAUUAUUCAGGAGUCAUUUGGUCAUUAAUAUUUGCUAGAGUGUUUUUUUAUUUAGCGCUUCUUAUUACUUUGACUGCCUUCUUACUUGCAAUAAGCUUUGUCAUCAUUCACUGCACCACCAUGUCACCCAAGCUGAAUGUCAAAAAGCGGGACAUCCGGGAAGCCAAGCACUCGAAAAAAAUACACCAAAAAAAACAUCUCGAUGACAAAAUUAAACAAAAAAUUGAGAAAAAGGAGAAACUUACAAUUUACAACAAGAGGAAUUUAAACGAUCCUAUAACACGGCCUGAUAUCAGACCUGGUUCAAUAAGCGGCCUCUCAAGCAUUUCUAUCAGCAGUGCGGGGCCGAAGGAUCUCGGGAAAAAUCCUAAAACCGCACUUGACACAGCUAAAAAUGUGGAUGCCCCUUCCAAUAAAAACAAAUUUUUGAAAAAUUUCACCAAAAAAGAUGUUAGCGCCAAACCAGGUAAACCAAAUGGUAUGGACAGUGCUGCAAGUGGUAAAAAAGAAAACAGAUUUUGGAAUAAAUUAACUGAAAAACCAAGUAGUGUCAGUGGAAGUUCGACAGAUCAAAGUCCAACAGCCAGAAUAACGUGA